AUGGCUAUCGGCGUAGCACUCAUUGGAAGCGGCCUUUUCGCAAAGGAGCAGCACCUGCCAGCUGUUCAAGCUGCAGCAAACUUCGAGCUCAAGGCCAUCUAUUCUCGAUCAUUGAAGUCAGCCCAGGAUCUUGCCAGCGCCACAUCCGGAGUUGAUCUCUACUCCGAAGACUCCGGCUCCGGCAAGUCUUAUGCUGAUAUCCUGGCUCGCUCAGACAUUGGUGCUGUGAUUAUUGCCCUCCCCAUCCUGGUUCAGCCCGAGUUCAUCAAGAAGGCUCUCACCGCAGGCAAACACGUUCUAUCCGAAAAGCCCAUUGCCAAGGAUGUCGCCACUGCACAGGAGCUCUUGAAGUGGUACAAGAGCAGCAUUGACUCGAGCAAGAUCUUCUGGGUCGUUGGCGAGAACUUCCGCUACUUGACAAAGUUUAUCUUUGCGGCAGAGCAGGUCUCGAAGCUAGGAAAAGUAAAGAACUUCCGUGUGAAUGUUCACAGCCUGAUGAACGCCGAGAACAAAUAUUUCGCAACUGCCUGGCGCAAGACACCCGAGUACCAGGGUGGCUUCCUCUUGGACGGCGGCGUGCAUAUGACAGCCGGCCUGCGACUUAUUCUGGGAUCAGAGCGUCUCAGCAUUCUGUCCGCCCAGUCGCAGCUGCAGCAGGAGUUCCUGCCACCGGUUGAUACCGUCGAUGCUGUUCUCAAGACCGAGUCGGGUGCCACCGGUGUUCUUUCCCUGUCGUGGGGAUCAUCUUUCAGUGACCAGAUCUUCGAGUUUUCUUGCGAGAAGGGUGUCGUUACAUUGAAUGCUGAUGACGUGACGGUCAACGGCACCAAGCAUCACAUUGAGUUCGAUGGCAGGGGUGUUGCGCCAGAGGUCGCUGAAUUCGCAGACUCGAUUGUCAAGGGAACUGCCUCUAGUAGACAGUCGCCUGAAGAGGCGCUGGCGGAUCUUGAGAUUUUGGAGCAGAUGCUGCGGAGUGGCGAAAAGGAUGGCGAGAAGGUUCAACUGCACUUGCAAUAA